CCCGCCAUGAAGUACCUCGACUACCCCCUCCUCACGCAGCUCUCAGACUCGCUCUCCUCAGACACCUCCUCCGACCUCCGCGUCCAUGCCAGGUUCGAGGCGUACAGCGUGAAACCCGUCGGCAAGGAGAAACGUGCAUUCAAGGAGCGAGAAGAGGCCUACAUGAGCGAGCAGGAAGGCAUGGAUGAAAUGAGCUUUUCUCCCGAGAUGAGAGAGGCUGGUCUCGCCUCAUGCUUUGGCCGACUCGACGAGAAGGAGUCUCGCAAAGUGCACUUUCUCCUGGUCUCCACACUCAACUCGGCCUUCCCGGACCAUGACUUUUCCUCCCUGCGGCCAGACCAUUUCACGAGGGAGCACUCGGCCUCCCAAGUCUUGGCGUAUCUCAGCGGAAGUCUGCUUGGUCCAGCCGGCACAGGCUCUGCCCCAAUCUUCUUGGCUCCAAUGUCUCUCCAUUCCCGCUCUCCGCAAUCUUCACCCUCCUUGCACCCCCAUUCUUUCUCCCACUCGCCUACCCUUUAUAAUCCAUCAUCUUUCGACUUGUCUUCCGGCUCCCUUCCGUCCCUCUCGAACCUCGACGAUAUUAACCUGUACCGCGCAUUGAAUCAAGUCAUUUCGAUGGAUGAUUCGGAUGUCUAUUCAUGGUUCCCUGAGCCGGAAUACGACCCUCAUAUGGACUCGAUCGAGGACGGGGACCGAGAGGACUACAUUGAGGAAGAGGAAGAAGGGAUGGACGUGGAAGACGAGAACAGCGGUGACAGAAGUGAUACAUGGGGCACUGGAAUGGAUUUGGAUAUGGAAAUGGAGAUUGAAGGAGAAGACAGACGGAAUUCCGGCCGGCAACCCGUCUCAGACGUAUGGGAAGCACCUGAAAGACGUGUCGGUGGUCUGUUAUGGAGUGCCAACUACUUUUUUUAUAACAAGAGGCAAAAACGAAUAUUAUUUCUUACAUGCUGGUGUCGUCACGUACCUCCUUCCCCUUCCCGCCCUUUAAUCAACGACUUGGUGGAUGGCCAGACUCCUGCGCUUCCUCUUCCAAUAACGGCCUCAUUCUCACCUUCUUCUCUGGAACAAUCCGUUCCUCAUCCACCAAUCGUUUCCGGUCGCCGACAUUCGGGCCGUAAGGCCCGCCAUCCCCCUCCUCUCCGACACAAGCCUACCCUCGUCAGUAAUAUGCCUAGUACAAGCAAUAGGGGGGACGACACUUCCUCCACUAUUCCCAUCCGUGGCCUCUCCCGCCCGCCUGCUAACCCAAAUACCCAGCCCAGCGCUCAUGCCCACUCGCCCGCAACCCCACGGUCAGAUAAACUCACCGCCUCUGUCCCUGGGCCUUCUGGAUUUGGUUUCACCGCUCUGGGCGGCGUUGGGCAGGGACAGCAGAGCCCAAUGGCAAGGAUGCGAGUCGGGGGUUUCAAGCCUCGACAGACACCCGCAAGGAUGGUUAUCAAUGCUCGAGCUGCCGAAGCGACUAGCCAGCCUUCUUCUCGGCUUCAGGCGGCUCGGGAUAAAAACCAGGAAGGCGAAGGCGAGAAACGGGGAAGAAGUGAGAGUACUACCCCUGGACCGUCUUCGGUCGGCGGAAGCGGCGGCGGUGGUGGCGGAGGGGGAGGGGGAGGUGCGAGUGCUCUGACUGCAGGGAUGAGGGCCGCGGGAAGUGCCACUGGAAGCGCGGGGUCAGAGACUGGGGAAAAGAAACGAGUAAAAGUCUAAGAUUUAUAAUCACUUUUCCGUCCUUGGUCAUGUGUGGGUGAAUUCUCGGUAUCUACUGUAUCAAUUUUUUUCCUCCUUCCUCUUCAUUGUCCAUCAUCUCAUAGUUAUCUUCUUAUCAGUCGAAAACUGUCUUCAUGCCACAUUAUUUCUGUUAAUAAUUACUUUUUGAUCUUCGUUGUCUUUAGUUUUCUUUUUUUUUCCCGCAUUUUGUCGUGGCCGAGGAACAGAAUUUGUUCUUUGGAAUCAAUUAUUCAACAACAUUGUCAUAUCGUUAUUUAUUAUCGCAGUCGUCAAACAAAUGCGUUACCAUGGUUUUACAAAUGAUAUGCAGGUCGCAAUAAUCAUAAGCCCACAGAUCGCACCAGCUCUUCUUUGACACCUAUGACCUAUUUAGUUCAUCAUCCUCAUUAAAGACAAGGCUUUCACACGACAAGAGACGAUUCAACACAGAUGAACAGUUCGUAUGCAGUGCAUUUCAACGUCGAUUGUCCGGUCAUAAUAGUGCGGGGAAUCACGGGAAAACAAAGAGAAA